AUGAAGUUUACCGCGGCAACAACUCUACUUUUCGCGGCCCUUGUGCUCGCCAGCCCAGCCCCCGAUGCCAACCCAGACGCGAUGGCUGAACCCAUAACCAUCGAGUCUCGCGCACAAUUCCGCAACGCAUUAUCAGCACGUAAUGUGCUUACAGUGCCAGACAUUCAACUCGAAGAACGAGCAUCUAGCAGCGGUGGAAAAAGUGGAAAAGGUGGCAAGGGUGGAAGCGGCAACUCCAGCAGCGCUGCGUCGGACAUGCUAUCACCAGAUCGCGUUCUCCAAGUCGCUGCGCUGGGUCUGAGUUUUGCGGAGGUUGUGAGGCUGUGGGGUUAG